AUGUGCGGGAAUUCGGAAACUGAUACGAACAAAGGAUCGGCAGAUGUACUUUCCAAGACGGUCGCAGUGAAAGUCGAGAAAGACGAUAAAACCACGGGUGUUCUACAAACAAUCAGAGUAGGAGACAUUGAUUGCAUUUCGACUAAACAUGCCGCCAUACUACAAGAAUCGGGAAAGAAGACCAGUGAUCAAUCGCAUCAUACUACAAAUGAAUUUGCGAAAAUUGUACCAACUCACCAGUCAUCGACAAACCCAACGCAUCUCACUAUUGCCAAGACAACGGUUACUGGAAACGCCACAACAACUCCAAUACCAAUUGGUACCCCUGUGAGAUUUAUCAUGGCAACCUCAAAUACCAGGUGUACCCCAACAACAUCAAAUGCGACCAGCGUGGCGACUGCAAUACGCAGACCGGUAAUAGUUUCCACGACUCGAAACAAUAUGGUGUCAGCACAAAUCCCGACGACUUUCACGACGACCACCGGAAACAGGAAUCCGACUUUGACAUCCCAGCAUACUUGGGUCACCAAUACGGGUAUGCAAACCUUGGUGCCCAUACCGCUAUCUGGUCCAUAUAUUGCACCAUCGCUACCAUCAUGCCCAACCCGACAAAACUCAACUCGAAACGAAGCAAAUUUUCUUCGUUCAAACUGUUCAACCCACAUCAAAAGACCUAUGAACGCGUUUAUGGUAUGGGCACGCGUAUAUAGACCGAUCUUAGCCAAAGAACAUCCGAAUGCAAACAACGCUGAAAUAAGCGUCAAGUUAGGCGAAGUUUGGCAUAGGAUGACAGAUUUACAAAAGAAACCGUACUACGAGGAAUCUCAGAAAAUAAAAGAUCAACACAAGAAAGACCACCCGGGAUGGGUAUACCAACCACGGCCAUCAAAGAAAAAACGCGUAAGUCUGCCAAUCAAUACCAGCUUCUUGCAGCCACAAAUACCGACAAGCAACUCUGCCGUACAUAGGUACAUGCCAAGUCUGAAUUAUAAUAAUCUUCACGGAGGCCCAGCAAAUACCAUGGCAACGUGCAAUCCGAUUAUUAAAACAGAACAGUUCAGAUCUCCAGUUAUAAACCAGAGACCGACAACAUUCUUCAGACCUGAAGUCCACCCAUACUUGAGACUUAUAGAGCCACGUGUACAGACAGUGCCCUCACAGCAGCAAGCUGUUAUUAACAACCCAUAUCUGGGAGUAACUAAAGAAACCAAUGGUCACCAAGCAAUGUCUACAAAAUUAGCAGCCGCUAUGCCACAACUAAUCGGGUAUCAACCCGAUACAUCUCAACACGUUCCACUGCCUCAUAAAUUGAUUCUCCCCGGUUGCCAAGAUGCAGCGAUCCCUGUGCAACAAAACAUAGCAAAGAUCAACAAGGAGCAGUCAAGAUUACAAAAACCAUCAAUGAAAAAACCGCUAGAAGAUCAGCUGCAUAUAACAUCAAAAAACAAUAGCGACUACAGCUAUGUGCAACAAUGGUUGGAGAGUAUGCAAGAAAUGAAUCCCUGCAUGACAACAGAGGAAGAAGAGUUACAACGCGCUACUGAAUCCAUCUGCGAUGACAUGGAUAUGCCGUCAAUGUACGACAUGAUGGAAGAUCAGUUGCAGCGGUCCAAUGUUUCAGGAAUGGGACCUAUGUUUUCAAAAGGUUACGAACACUUGAAACAUGAAAGGCCACAAGGCACAGACCAUUGGUAUGUGAAUGAUAAUGCUGCUGAUGAUGAUAAACAAUCCAACAAAUCUGCCUCAUCUAAAGAUAGCAUUAGUGAAAUGCCACAGUUUGAGAGGUUCUUGCAAGAUUGA